UGACCGCUGCGUCACAGCAGCGGGGUCCACAGACAAGUAUGGCGGCUUCCAGUGUGUUCAGACCAGGUUUGUUUAACCAUAAAGUUGCGAUAGUGACGGGUGGAGGAACCGGGAUUGGGAAAGCUAUCUCUGCGGAGCUGCUGGAGCUUGGAUGCAAUGUGGUGAUCUCCAGCAGGAAGGCAGAAAGGUUGGAAGCUGCAGCUGAGGAGAUGAGAAAAAAAAUCCCUCCCUCCAGUCCUGCAAGUGUUACCCCUCUUCUUUGUAACAUCCGCAACGAGGACGAGGUGAAGGCUCUUGUGUCGUCAGUGCUAAAAAAGUACGGUCGGAUUGACUAUCUGGUGAAUAAUGGAGGGGGUCAGUUCAGCAGUCCAACAGAGAACAUAUCCUCCAAAGGCUGGAAGGCUGUGAUAGACACCAACCUGACUGGAACCUUCUAUUGCUGCAAGGAGGUGUAUACCGCAUGGAUGAGGGAGCAUGGAGGUGCGAUCGUCAACAUCAUCGCUGACAUGUGGAAAGGUUUCCCAGGCAUGGCCCACACAGGAGCAGCAAGGGCAGCAGUGGAUAACUUAACCAAGAGUCUGGCCAUCGAAUGGGCGACCUCAGGAGUCAGAGUCAAUGCUGUUGCUCCUGGCACAAUCUUCUCCAAAACUGCGAUGGAGAACUAUAAAGACUUUGGUCCAGUUCUUUUCAAGAGGUCCAUUCCAUUUAGCCCUGCAAAGAGACUGGGAGUGCCUGAAGAGAUCUCCUCAUCAGUGUGUUUCCUGCUCUCUCCUGCUGCCUCCUACAUCUCUGGAGCCACACUGAAGGUUGAUGCAGGACAAAGUCUGUACCACUCUGUAUGGGAGAUACCUGAUCACAAAGCUUGGCCUAAGGCUCCAGAGGGUGAGAACUUGGAUGCUCUGAAGGAAUUGCUCAACCCACAAAGCAAACUUUAAUCUACUCCUAUGUCUUGCAAACCACACAAAACACUCAGCCAGUGUGUGUCAUAGACAUACAGCUGUACAGAGAUCAUAAGUGUUUGCAGAGUCAAAACACUGCAGUUCACUGAUUAUAAGGUGCACUGUGUAUAUGUGUUGUGAUUUUUUUUCUCUUUUUAGGAAUACUGUAUACAAAAUUGUAUAUAAUUUAUGAGAACAUGGGUGUGUUUAUGAAAUGAUUUGUAAGAUGUUCAAGAAUUUUACAUGCAGUGCCUGUGUUUUAGAAAUCUAAACCCAAUGACCACAAGUUCUGUACAAAUGCAGGCAAAAAGGCAAAAAAAUCAAUAAAAU